UCCUUUCUCUUCUCUCUCCUCCCACCUCCCUCUCUUUCUCUCUCUCUACAUCUUGAUAUUUCUUUCAACAAUGGCUACGGAGAAUAAAGGGAGGCCAUUGCCAAAGUUUGGUGAAUGGGAUGUGAACAACCCUGCAUCCGCAGAAGGAUUCACUGUCAUUUUCAGCAAAGCUAGCGACGAGAAAAAGACCAAGAAAGCAUCCGGUAGUAGUCUUGUUUCAACACCUCAUAGAAACCAAAUCUCUGAUCAAAACAACCACCGUGACAACUCACAAAACUCAAAAGCCAAGAAGAAAUGGCUUUGCUUCCGUUAAUUUUCUCCCGUCUUCUGAAGAAUCCGAGGAUUAUGAAGAUGAACAAGUUACGCAGAAGAUCUCCAACAAAGUGGGUUAUGAGUUACCAAAACCAUAUCUUCUGCCCAGUCUUCUUUUCCCUUAUGAGAUAGGUGUUCAUUAUAAAGUUUUGUUUCUUCUUUUGGUUUGCCCAACAACUGUUAUUAAUUAGAGCAUAUACGUUUGUGACC